AUGUCUGAGAACAAGGUCGAGCAGCUUCGAGAUGAGGGCUCUCGCUCCCAGGUCGUCGCUGCUGGUGCCAUAGCCGGCCUCGUCUCAAGGUUCUGCAUAGCUCCUCUCGACGUCGUCAAGAUCCGCCUGCAGCUACAGAUUCAUUCACUCUCUGAUCCUCUAUCCUACGCUCACCAUGCGCAUAAAGGGCCCGUCUACAAGGGUACCCUGCUCACUCUCAAGACCAUUCUUCGCGAAGAAGGCUUGACUGGACUGUGGAAGGGCAACGUGCCUGCAGAGGGCAUGUACCUGGCAUAUGGAGGCAUCCAGUUCCUAGCAUAUCGUUCUGCUACACAAGCUAUCGAUGAGCUCACCCCCAACUACAAGCUGCCCGGCACUGCUGUCAGCUUCAUUGCUGGCGCUGUCGCAGGCACAGCCGCUACUACCGCUACAUACCCGCUCGAUCUUCUCCGCACACGUUUCGCUGCUCAAGGCAAUGAUCGCGUCUACAAUUCUCUUCUAUCGUCCAUUCGCGACAUCUCAAGAAACGAAGGUCCGAAAGGCUUCUUUCGUGGUCUGGGCGCAGGCAUUGGCCAGAUUGUGCCAUACAUGGGCCUUUUCUUCGCCUUUUACGAAGCAUUGAAGCCUGCCUUUGCUGGUGUGUCUAUGCCUCUGGAAUCUCUUGGUUCUGGUGACGCCAUAGCAGGUGUAAUGGCCAGUAUGCUAUCCAAGACAGCCGUCUUCCCGCUCGACACUGUCAGAAAGAGACUGCAAGUUCAAGGUCCCACGAGAGCAAGAUACGUCCACAAGAACAUCCCAGUCUAUGAGACUGGUGUCAUGCGCACCAUGGCUUCAAUUGUAGCCAAGGAAGGUGUACGGUCUCUCUACAGAGGCUUGACUGUGGGUCUGUUCAAGGCUGCUCCCGCCAGUGCUAUCACCAUGUGGACAUAUGAGAGAGCAAUUGACACUUUGCGAUCGUUUGAGGUUCUGGAAGGAAAGCAAUGA